UUGACAAAUGGCGCGCACCCAGCGUCAGAAGGACGUAUAGGAUCCAGAAUGCAACGCGGGCAGCCUCCGAUAAGCAAACAUGGCCACAUUUCCGUUACAGAUAUCUCUGUAAACCUUUUUUUUUUACUUUACUUUCUUCCUAAACACUCCUCAUUCAUUUAUGUCCAUCCACAUGCUGAUAAAUGUCAGGUGGGUUUAGUAUCGCAUAUUAAGUUAAAGGUUGACACGAAGGUAUCGACGCUUCAACGUCGGGGAAUAUUUGAGUAGCUCGGCCAUGAAGAAGGCUCUGGACCUGGUUCAGAGGAUCGGCGCACACCCGGACUCCCGCUGCUGGUUCGUCUCCUGGAGCCCGAAUGGCGCUCUGCUGGCUUCAUGCGGGGGUGACAAGGCCAUCCGGAUAUGGGGACGAGAGGGUGACUCUUGGGUAUGUAAGACUGUGCUGCAGGAUGGUCACCAGCGCACUGUGAGGAAGGUGGCCUGGUCUCCUUGUGGCAGUUAUCUGGCCUCUGCCAGUUUUGAUGCAACCACAUGCAUCUGGAAAAAGAAGGAUGAUGACUUCGAGAGUCUGACUGUGCUGGAAGGGCAUGAAAACGAGGUCAAAUGCGUAGCAUGGGCCCCUUCGGGGAACCUCCUGGCCACAUGCAGUCGAGACAAGAGUGUCUGGGUUUGGGAAGUGGAUGAAGAUGAAGAAUAUGAGUGUGCUACUGUAUUGAACUCUCACACACAAGAUGUCAAGCAUGUUGCGUGGCACCCCACGAAGGAGCUUCUGGCUUCAGCCAGCUAUGACAACAACAUCUGCAUUUACAAAGAAGAGGAUGACGACUGGGAGUGCCAGGCCACCUUGCAGGGACACACAUCCACAGUGUGGAGUUUGUGUUUUGAUGUUGCAGGAGAGAAGAUGGCCUCCUGCAGCGAUGACCGUACCGUGAAGAUUUGGAAAGAGUAUCCCAGCGAGAGUGCGCAAAGUGACUUCUCUUGGAAGUGUGUUUGCACUCUGUCUGGGUAUCAUGGACGUACGGUGUAUGAUGUCGCCUGGUGUCAACUGACAGGUGCGCUGGCAACUGCCAGCGGCGACAACGCAGUCAGAGUUUUCAAGGAGGACGUGACGGCCAGUCCAGAUGAGCCAGUGUUUUCACUGGUUGCUCAGGCGACCAAGGCUCACAGUCAGGAUGUUAACUGCGUUUCCUGGAACCCGAAGGAGGCGGGCCUACUGGCUUCCUGCAGCGACGACGGAGAGAUUGCAAUUUGGAGGUUCGAAGAAGAAUGAUUCUGUGGCCUUUGGAUCUGUCUUUGUUACUGGAAAUUUUUUAGGGAACUUGAAAAGUUUUCUCGCUCUUUUUUGCGAUUCUGCUUCAUGUAAAAGUUUCUUGUCUGCUUUUAUGAUGAGAAUACUGCUGCGAUGCACCAUGUGCUUUUGAGUCUACAACUUGGAAAUGCAAAUAAGUGAAAAUUGCUUCAAGUUUAUAUAAAUACAAAAUAUUAAACAUAA